AUACUUUCAUAAGUGAUUUCGUAAAUUCACCAACACGUUUUCACUGGACAUUAGGUAGAAACUAGAUGCAAGAGAAACUGGGUGAGAGGAUCUUUGUCAACAUUCUGGGGUUAACUUUCUUGAAGUUUCAUGUAAAAAGGGAUUCGAUCAUAGAAACAUGUCGGGUUUGACACCCUCAGGGGUAUACAAGAGGAGGGAACCAACAUAUGACAGCUACUACUCUGACAAGAAAGCUACUACAUUAGAUGUAGUACAUGUAAACCUAGCAUUUGAUGCAACUGAAGAUGAUGUUAAUGCUGACAAUGCUAUGAAUGGUCACACAUCAAGUGAAGUAGAUACUACAGGAAAACACAUACAUGUGGCUACUACUGAUGCUGACAUUAGUGCACCAAUAAAACACAAAGAUGAUACACAGUCAGAAACAAGUGAAUCUAAUUGCUGCAUUUCAGCUAUUGGUCGCACACAAGGAACACUGCAAAAUUUCUAUGCAUCAUAUGAAACACAAAUAUUGGGAUGCUUCGGAAUUCUUCUCCUUCUUGGUUAUGCAGGUUAUUUUGGCUAUGCUAUGUAUUACAAGUUCGGUGAUGAAGGCUCUAUAAGACUCCUUGUCAUCACAUCAUUUGCAGUUUUCUGUACAGUCUGCUCUAUAAUAAAAACACAUUUUGGAGAUAACAUUUAUACUGGAUGCAUAGAACCAGUUGUCGUGUUUCUGAGAAGAUACUGGAAAUACUUAAAAUGGUUAGGGGUGUUUAUCAUAACUGGUGGAUUUAUAGCAUACAUUAUAGCAGAUAUAGCUUUGAAGUUUCCGGGCAACCUCAUCUCUCUCAGUGGAAUUAUAGUUUUCAUCUCACUCCUCUAUCUCUUCUCCAACAAUCCCAGUAAAGUGAAAUGGAGACCUGUGUUCAUGGGUAUGACUCUACAAUUGGUGUUUGGGCUCCUGAUCAUACGCACAUCAUUUGGCUGCCAGGCAUUUACCUGGCUCGGCUCUCGAGUGAGCGAGUUUCUUGCACAUACAGAUGCUGGCUCAAAGUUCGUGUUUGGUGACACUUUUGAGGAACAUCUAUUUGCAAUGAAGCUUCUGCCCAUCGUGAUCUUCUUCAGUUGCAUUAUCUCCGUGCUUUACCACCUUGGGUUCAUGCAGCUGAUCACUGAGAAGGUUGCCUGGGUGAUGCAGAUAACCAUGGGAACCACAGCAGGGGAGUCUGUCAAUGCUGCAGGAAAUAUCUUUCUUGCAAUGACAGAGGCUCCCUUGUUAAUCAGGCCAUUGUUAAAGGACAUGACAAAGUCUGAGUUACACGCUGUUAUGACUGCAGGUUUUGCCACAAUAGCUGGUAGUGGAAUUGCCACUUUAAUUGUACUAGGUGUCCCAGCCAACCACUUGCUAUCUGCAUCAGUAAUGUCUGCCCCAGGAGCCCUGGCAACAUCAAAGCUGUUCUAUCCAGAAGAAGAAACAUCAAAGACAACUGUUGCAAAUAUACAAGCAAUGGGGAAAAGCACACACACCAACAUCAUAGAGGCUGCAUCAAGUGGGGCUUCUUCCUCUAUAAAGGUGGUCGCUAACAUUGCAGCAAACCUGAUAGCCUUCCUUGCAAUGCUGGCAUUUAUUAAUGCAACUCUAGCAUGGCUAGGUGCCAGAGUGGGACUUGAACCACCACUGUAUCCGACACUUACAUUUCAGUUCAUCAUGUCCUAUUUGUUGUGGCCCGCUGCAUUCCUGAUGGGAGUGCGCUGGCAAGACUGUCGGACUGUCGCCCAGCUGAUUGGUAUAAAGACAUUCCUAAAUGAGUUUGUGGCAUAUACUGAUCUUGGUCAGAUCAUAAAGAAUAGGAAAACCUUCGAGAACUAUACAUCCAUGUACAACCACACCAGUGUAGAAUACAUGCCAAAUGGGGAAAUCUUUCUUGGAAAUACAAACAGCACUUUGGUCGGUGGAAUGAUAGAGCCAAGGUCUGAGGUCAUUUCAACCUAUGCAUUAUGUGGCUUCUCAAACAUUGGAUCUAUUGGUAUAUUACUGGGAGGCUUAGGGGCAAUGGUACCAGAGAAGAGGGGAGAGAUUUCCAAGAUGGCAGUCAGGGCUAUGAUUGCUGGAAUGACCACUGACUUUCUCACAGCUUCCAUUGCAGGACUGCUUUACCAAGGUGGUUCAUCAAGCUGCUAGGUUAAGUGGGAUCAAAUAUAUGUUCUCAACAGUAAAUAGAUAUACACCAUACCGUGAUUCUGAACUGCAGCAUCUACACCUAUACCAAUUGAUAUGGACUCACAAUAAAAGACUCACAAAGAUACAGCAGUAAUGAUAAAUAUUGAGUAAGCUCAGUACGGUGAUGAUAACAUUAAGGUGGACCUGUAUUACAUGGUAUUUUUACAUAACGUUACAUGUUAAUGGUUGAAUACUCUUUAUAUUUGGCCUACCUUAAGAAGACUUAAAAUACAUUACUACAAUAUACCCAAAUGAAAGAGCAACUAUUUAGAGACUAAAACUCCAGAAAAAGAGUUUUAAAUGAAAAAAUAUCCAGACUUUAAAGCUAUAAUUAUUAAUCAACAUUAGUAAUGUAACGGUAACUACCUACAGAAGUAAGUUCCAAUCAUGGACUCAGUGAACUUGGCAUUAACUGAAGUACUUGUUAUAUAUUUAUACUACUUGAUAGUUUACAUAUUACUAGAACCAUACUUGACCCUACUAACAGUCAUUGAUAAAUGUUCUCAACAAGAGA